GGCACAUAUAUAAGUAAUAAUCCCUUUCUUUCGUUUUAAUAUGUAUUUCAUAGUUAAACGGACAGUGAUUUUCAAAUAAGGACAACAAUGGCGUGGUACAAAUAUUUUAGUGUGGAGGUACCUAUGUGCCUUUUAAUUUUUGCCAUGGAGUUGAGCGGCUCUGUUUCUACGAAUUUGAUGAUGUAUAGGACAUGCUACACUAUACUAGAUUAUCCAGAGGCAGAUUGUGCCCAAUUAGGAAAUUAUGUUAAUAACGUUACUAUAGAUCUCGAGCCAAAAGUGCAGCCAACUAUUAAUUAUAUUAAUAUGGUCCAAAAUAUAAUUCAUAACACAUUUCCCAUAUUAGUUUGCAUGUUUAUUGGGACGUGGUCAGAUAAGUUUGGAAGGAAACCUUUCAUGCUAGUAAGCAUGAUAAGUGGAACUCUUUCCGCUAUAAACACUUUUUUGAUUGUACAUUUUAAAUACGCAAGUGCUUGGUGGUUUGUUGCUGCUGGAAUUCCAUCAGUGGUAACAGGAGGAAUGGCAACCGGUGCUAUUGUCAAUUCUGCUUAUUUGAUAGAUGUUUCGACAAAAAAAGACCGAGUAAUAAGAUUAGCCACUUUUGAAUUUGUAAUGAUGUCAUCAGGUUUUGUUGCCAAAAUGAUAGCAUCGCGUGUUUUAUACGCUACAAGUUAUGAAACAAUGUAUCUGAUUACGAUCGGAUUACAUAUACCUAGUAUUCUUUACACAAUUUUCUUUAUUCCGGAAUCAAGAAAGGAUGUCAAGAAGAUCAGUGAGAUAUUUAGUUUAAAGGACAUAUGCGCCCACUUAAACAUCAAAACAGUUUUACAAGAGGCAUUUAGAAAAAGAGAAAAUAACAUAAAUAGAUACUUGUACAGCGUUAUAGCCAUCCAGUUAAUAUGGUCUUUUGGCAUGGGAGACAUGCAAGUUUUUUCGUUAUAUUUGAGGAACAGACUUCAUUGGACCAUAAGCAAAUUAAAUUUAGUAAGCAGCAUCACCACUAUUGGACAUAUGAUUAUAGCAUCCUUGGGUACUUAUAUUUUGUAUAAGGUUUUGAAAAUCAAGGAGAUGCGGCUGGCCUUGUUGGGUGUUACAUGCAUAACAAUAGCUACUUUUCUUCGAGCCAUAGCAAAAAGCGAUAUCUAUAUUUACAUUACUAACGUUCUUGGCUGUUUUGGAGGAUUAACUAUGCUUAUGUGGAAGACAGUAAUGUCUUAUAUGCUCAGACCGGAAGAAAUGGGAAAUAUUAUGGCUCUCAUGAGUAUAAUACAGAGCUUAAUUUCGCUGCUAUCCGGUCUGGUAUAUCCAGCAAUAUACAAUGCUACGAUAAAUACAAACAGCGGCUUAUAUAAUUAUCUGUCACUGGUAAUUAAUGUCAUUGUUGGUAUAUCAAUAUUAGUUCUAUCAAGAUUAAAUAUACCACACUAUCAACCAGAUCCAAUUCCACUAUCUAAAGAACAAGAAAGUGAGAAAAAUUCAACAACUAGUAAAAUAGCUGAUACGACGGUAGAAAUUGCACAUGAAAAUGAAAAUAAAGAUGACCAACGCUACUAAACUUCAGGACUAAUAUUAAUUAGUUUUCCGAAAUUACUUUGCUGUUAGAUCUUUAUGCGUAUGCGGGGUCGGCUUUCUUAGUGUGUCUAUCUUUGGUCAUAUCAACACCAAUCCUUUUCACCGACAUGCCCUGCCUAAGCGUCUACCCCCAGGUCUUCUUUGGUCUUCUUUUCCUACUCCUUUCAGGAACUUGCAGUUCAGCAGUUCUUUGCAUUUGGUGAUUAACAUCUCGACGUUGAACAUGACCAAACCAUCUUAACAUAUGCUUCUUCAUUUUGGCAUCAAUUGGUGCCACCCCUAGACAUCCCCUACUAUACCAAUUUAUUUAAUUUUAUCCUUUUUAUUGCUGGAUACACCCAUAUAUCUAAGGAUUCUCAUUUCCGCCACGAGCAUUCGUUGUUCUUAUAAUAUGAAUAGCAGUGUUUCGUAAUUCUCUUUUGUUUUAUAUUUAUUGCUCCAGUUAUUGAUUUCUACUAGUUAUAGGUUGUUUUUAUCUCUAUCUAAUUUUUGGUGUACACUCUGUGUCCUCUUCCCUUAUAUGUAUAUUGAAGUUAUAUUUACCAUGUUUAAAAAUAUUUCGGAGCCACUGGGCGUGAGAAAUUUGAGGAACCUGUGUGUGCAGUAAUGUAAAAUUUACUGAAUGUACAUAUUUAUAUAUUGUGAUAUAUUUUAUAUUAAAAUUAGUUUUUAUAUGUAAAGAAGGUAAUAUAUUUUUUAACUAAA